UUUACAGAAGAUCUCAUUACUGUGUUGUGUUUUAAUAUACUGUGCUGCAAUUUAGGUGUUUGUAAAAAUGAUUUGUUGAACUAAAGUGCGAAACUAUCAGACUAUUACCGGGUUUUAAGCGCUGCUUUAUAAUGGACGAAAACAGCACAAAUGAUGGCGCUAUACAAUAUUACCGACUGACAGACGUGGAACAACGUAACUCUUUUAAAAGUACAUGGAUUAUCAUCAACCACAAAAUUUACGAUGUUACAACAUUUCUGGAAGAGCACCCAGGAGGAGAAGAAGUUUUGAGAGAGCAAGGUGGAGGUGACGCUACUGAGAGCUUCGAGGAUGUCGGUCACUCCAGCGAUGCCCGGGAGAUGGCCAAAGACAUGGUCGUCGGAGAGUUACAUCCGGAUGAUUGGGAGAAAAUUGCUAAACCUCCUGAAUCCGUCGUCACUACAGUUCAUGAAACCACAAGCUGGUGGUCAAACUGGCUGAUUCCAGGUCUUGUUGCUGCCAUGGUGACGAUAAUGUACCGUAUGUACACGCCUGGCGAGUGAAGACACGAGUUUAAAGAGAGACCCAGCCGCUGCCAACCCACAAGAACUGCAAACAUCUGCUUAUCUGUCUACAAUCUCAAAAAUGUAAAUACUGCGAAUCAAAUAAAGAAAAAAUCUCAGUUAUGUUUGUGUGUGUGGAGGGGGGUAGAGAUUAACCAGAGAUGAACCAUAAGUCAUAUUUCUCAGGUUCUCAAGUGGUGUUUAAAGAAUGCUUGGUGGAAUGUUUGGUGGAUAUGUGAAUAAAUGAGCUCAUUAAUUUCCCA